AUUGGAUAUUCAACCAAAUCAAGUGAAAUCAUAUCCAUUACCUGAACAACCAACAUCUGGUGAUAUCAAUCCAACGUCAACAACACCGGGCUUUAAUUAUCCAACAAUAAAUCCACAAAUCAAUGUUACACUUGAUCAACCAGCAUCAUUAACCCUUAUCUAUCUACCAGUCGAUAGACCAAAUCACCCAAGCAAUGUUGAAACAUUCGUUGUUCAAUUUGUUUAUCCUAAUGGUACUAAGUCCGAAGAAUUUCCUUCUAAUAUUCCAUCGAUCAGUGCAACAACUACUACGACACCAUCUGGUAUGUCAACAGAGAAAACACCAACUACAAGUGUCAUAGUUCCUCCAUCAAAUAAAUCACCUCAAGUUGAUUUAUCACCAAACGUCGAACUUCCAAUAAACACAAUAAUCAUGAUCACAAUCAUAUCGACC